UGUUUGUUGCUUGCGUAGCGCGUCGCCUGCCAAUCUCGCUUAUCCUUUCCGUGCUCCGCCCCCCCUUUUUUUUUCCCGAAUAAAUAAAUAUAAAACAAAAUAAUAAACAAAUAAAAUAAAAACAGGUUGUUAUUAAAUGGGGGGGAAAUCCCGGGAAUUUAUUUCUUUUUUCCUCCCGGCUGUUUCUCUCUCUACGGGGGGGCCGCGGACUUGAGGGGCGCGCAUCAAAUCGGGCUCAGGGCCGGCCGGGCGCGUCCGCUUUAUCGGCUCACGUUGGCGCGGCCUCCGUUUCCUCUCCCCUUUCCUUGUCCUCUCUCCCUCUCCCUCUCCCUCCCUCACGGCCUCACCUCUCCAGCCUCCCUCUCGCCCACCUCUUCCACCUCUCCACGCCCCCCCCAGAGGGCCCCAGGCGCACCGCCGACGACCCUUGGCGCGGGCGCAGAUCAGCGCGCGCCGUGCCCCGCCCACCCUGCCUCCGCGACCUCCGACCCUUGGAGCGCCUGCCCGCACCGCCGGGGCGCUUCGCAUCGCCUAUUCUCUUUUUGUUCCGCGGCUUCCUCGCCGACGGGUGGCUGGCGGCCGGCUGCUGCCCCGCCCACGCCGCGUCUACGUGUCCUCAGGGGCUGGGCGCCCCUGCCCUGCCAAACCCGGUGCCGCCUCCGGUUGGAAACCGUUUUCUACGGGCUAGGAGGAGGUCAGAGACUCCCCAGAGUUGGCUUCGCCGCGCGCAUGUGAUUUGCGGCGGGGGCCGGAGCCUGGUACAGCCGCUGCUGGGACGACGACGACAACGGCGCCGUGGAUGCCUCCGCCGCCGCCGGAUCGAAGGGACUAUCUGUACCGGGAGGGCCGCAGGCACGACGGCGGCGGCGGCGGGGGCGACCCGCUCCUGCCGCCCGCCCCUACGCCGCCGCGCUGGCGGGACUCGCCGUACCACCAGCCGCCGCCACCGCCCCUGCGGGACCACUCGCGGCCCUCGCCGCGCCGGGCGCCGCCGUCGGCCUCCUCAGAAGGCUACUACCGACAGGGCGGCGGCGCGUACGACCGCUCCUACCCUGAUGACCCGCCGCCUGUCUACACGCCGUCGCGCUCGGACCGGUACUGGGCGGAGGACGAGGGCGGGGGAUACAAGGGUUUCGGUCGGUAUGGCGGCGGUGGCCGCAGGGAUGGCCGUGACAUGAGGGGUUCAUACCGGAGGUCCCCAUACAGAGGCGGCUACGGAAGCGACUUCUCCAGAAACCAUCCAGAGCAGCCCCCUCCGCCACCACCCAGGAGGUCUCCGUUGAGGUCAGUUGCUGUUCCGAUCUGCUAUGACCCUCCGGGCAAUAGAGUUGACAGGGGGGAUAGGGACAACCUCCCACGGGUGACACCAUGGCGGAGAAGGGAGAGCAGAUCUGAAGCAGCAGAUGCUGUUGGCCAAACCACUCGGCUCUCUGCCUCAGGGAAGGAGGCUUCAGCUCAGCCUCUGGCCGUGGCAGGUCCUCAUGGGACCGAGGACGAGGCACCAAGGAAGAAGGCACGCCUUGGAUGGGGGCAAGGUUUGGCCAAGUAUGAGAAGCAGAAGGUGCAAGGCCCUGUGGAUCCUGCUGAAGCUGUUGCUGAUGGAAGUCCAGCUGAUGGCGAACAGAAGACCGCCUCCCUUGCACCUGCGCCUACGCCUACGCCUGUGCCUUCUGUUGCACCUGUACCUCCUGCUGCACCAGUGCCUGAUCCUGUGCCUGCGCCAGCACCACCGGCACCACCUGCUGCGCCUGUGCUUUUGUCAGCCCCCGUGGGAUGCUCAUCUCCAGUUACUGCACCUCCAUAUUGUUCCUCAGCACCUGAAGAUAAAUCAUGUGAAAUGAUGCCAAAUACGGUCACUAACUCUACUAAAGAUGUCUUGGAAGCUGAUGAUAAAACUUUCAAUAAUGAAUUUUCCAUCAAGUUAGAUCAGCUCGGUGAUGAUCCUGUUAGUUCCCUUGCAAACAUGCUUGUUGAACUUAUCCAACAUGAUGAUUCUUGUUCUGGGGAUUCAAAUGGCCCAACCAGUACAUGUAAGCUGCUCCUACUGAAGGAAAACAUUUCCAAGGAGAUUGAAAAGACUGAACUCGAGAUCGAUUCAUUGGAAGGUGAACUUAAAUCUGUGAAUACUGAGGCUUUAACUACUCUUGAAGGUUCUCCCACAGGGGUGCCACAUACAGAAAAUCUUUCACCUUCCAGUGGGACAUCAAAGGUCCCUGGAAGUGUGGAGAUCUGUGAUACAUCUGAUAUGAUAAGAGAACCAGGGGAGCUCAUUGGUUCUCCUAAGGUACCUGUGGUGCAGGAUGCUGAUGUCAAAGGUGCUGAUAUGAUGGAAAUUGAAGCAGCUCCAGUUCACAAUGCAAAAACAGUUCCUUCAGAAGAGAGUGCUGUAUCUCCAGGAGUCGCUGAGGGUAAGGCCUGUGCAGCUGCUGAUCUUAGCUCAUUGAAAGCUUCUGAAGAAGCUGGGUCUCAAAAUGAUAUUGACAAUGACAGGCUGGAAACUUCUUCGUGCCAUGCUAAUGCUGAUUCCAUGGAAAUAGAACUUAGUGAUGACCAUAAGUCUGAUUUACUCAGUUCUGUCACAUCUGCAAAUAAUGAUAUAGCCAAAGAAAUGAAUGAAGUGCUAUUUAAAUCAUUGCCUGGUGAUACACCUGACCUUGAGAUGUUGGCAUCAAGUCAUCUUCUGAGCCAAAGGAAGAGUGAUUUGAUUGUCAAAGAAAGGCUUGGAGUACGUAAAACCAGGCUGAGGUUGAAAGAGCAGAUUCUUACAAUGAAGUUCAAGGCAUAUCGUCACUUGUGGAAAGAGGAUGUUCGACUACUUUCUGCAAAGAAACAGCGUUCAAAGUCUAAUAAGCGCAUUGAUCAGAGCAACCGAACAUCACAAAUUGGAUCUCAGAGGCAACGCUCCUCUAACCGCUCGCGAUUAGCCAUGCCUGCUGGUAAUUUAAGUACAUUCUCAACUCCAGAAAUGUCAGAUGUUGCAAGGAAGUUGUUUUCAGAAUUCCAAAUUAAGCGCUGCAGAAAUUACUUGAAAAUGCCUGCACUGAUUAUUGAUGAGAAAGAGAAGGAAUGCUCGAGGUUUCUGAGCAAGAAUGGGCUGGUUGAGGAUCCUGUUUUAGUUGAGAAGGAAAGGGUGAUGAUAAAUCCAUGGACUCAAGAAGAAAAGGAAAUUUUUAUGGAGAUGCUUGCUAAAUUUGGCAAGGAUUUCUCCAAAAUCUCCUGUUUCAUUACACAUAAAACUACUGCAGACUGUGUGGAGUUCUACUACAAGCAUCAUAAAUCAGACAGCUUCCGAGAAGUGAAGAAACUGUUGGACCUUCGUCAGCAGCAACCCACCAGCAAUUAUCUUGGAGCGAAAUCUGGACAGAAAUGGAAUCCCGAGUCAAAUGCUGCUUCUCUUGAUAUGCUUGGGGCAGCAUCAGUAGUAGCAGCCCAUGGCCUUGAAUAUGCAAACCGAGUGGAGAAAAUUUCUGCGAAAUCCCUCAUCCGGACUUCAUAUGGGCCCAAUGUUCCUUUUGUGUCUAAAAAAUCUUCUGAUAAGGAGUGCAUUGACAAUGUCCCUUUGCAUGAGAGAGAAUCUGUAGCAGCUGAUGUACUAGCCGGCAUAUGUGGCACUCUCUCUCCUGAUGGAAUGGGUUCAUGCAUUACUAGUUCUGCUGAUCCUGGCCAGAAGAUUAGCAUGAAAAGAGUGGAACAUGUCUUAUCCCAAGAAAAUGACAAAAUCGUUGAUGAGGAAGACACACUCUCUGAUCAAGAGUGCGAAGUUGAUCCAGUUGAUUGGAAUGAUGAUGAGAAGUCAAUUUUCAUUGAGGCUAUGAAUAACUACGGAAAAGAUUUUGCUCGGAUCUCGUCAUGUGUGAAGAGCAAGUCAUAUGAACAGUGCAAAGUGUUCUUUAGUAAGGCUCGGAAAUCACUCGGUUUGGAUUUGAUCCAUCAAGGGGCAGCUGAUGUUAGUAUGCCAGCUAGUGAUACCAAUGGAGGGAGGAGUGAUACUGACGAGGCUUGCGCUGUGGAAAUGGAUUCAGCUAUCUGUAGCACUCAGUCUUGUUCAAAGAUUGUGAUAGAUGUUUGUCCUACUGAAGGAGCCAUUGGAGGGCCUAACUCUGUUAUAAUCUCUAAGCAGGCAGGAGAGAUAUCAAAUGGGUGUGAUGUAGAUGCUAAAAUUGAGGAAGACGAGGAGGAAGCUGAUAAAAAUUGCAGCAUUGUUGAUGAUAAGAGGUCCAGUGAUGGUACUCAUCAAGCUGUUCCUAUUGACAUCAAUUGCCCAGAAAGCACAGAUAAGCUGCAAGGAACUGAUGAUGUCGUUGACCAAGUAAACGUGCAUAGUAGUAGUGCCAUCAGCUCUACAACUAAGCAUACAAUGGCCAUGCACUCGGAAGUGAGAUCCAGUUUACAUUCUAUAGAGGUACUUCAAACAGACAAAGCUGAAGGUACUGGUACAGAUCCUUCCCAGGUGGAAGAAUGUUCACACCAUGCUCUUGAUAACACACCAAUGAAAACUGGAAAUUCUGGUGCUUCAGAUAGUGGUAUCAAGGACAAUGUUCACAUCUUAAACAUGACUGGUACUUCCACCGUUAGUCCUGCAUUCACUUCAAGUUAUCAGCAUUCUGUACCAGGAGAUAUGCCCCUGCUGAAACCAAAGCCACUGGUCACCCCCCUGACCCCCAAGGAUUUAAUGCCUGUGCAGUUCAGUUCAGUGCUUCCUGAUCCCACUGCAUUUCGUUUUGAGGGCAUAGCCUCAAUAACUACGCCCAACUUUGAGGACAGUGGCAACAGAGUCAGCAGUGCUCUAGGGGCUAAAGACAUGAGCAAGUACCCAGCUUUUAAAGACCCAUCUGGUAAUCAGCAUGACACAUUGUUUCGUAAUAUUGAUGGUUAUGUGAAUCAUCGUCUGACAACUGAAUUACCAAUUUUUUCUGAAAGAACUGCAAGUGGCAAUGUGAGUACUUCACAGACAGAUCGGUUCAACCAAACAAAAUUCCAGAAUGGCAGGUCCAGCAGCUUGUGCCUUCCAAACAGUUCUGAUGGGAUUCAAUGGUCCAGAAAACACGAAGAAAUACAGGAAGGCUCUUUGAGGCCUUGCUCUCGCAAUACAAGCUCUGAGGGUGAUGAGCAACAAAAGCGGCCUGGUGAUGUCAAGUUGUUUGGGCAGAUUCUCAGCCAGCCGUCGACCUUGCAAAGUUCUGGCUCAUUGUGUAAUGGUAGCAAGAGCAAGCCUCCCUCACCAAAGAUUGACACAUCAUCUGUGAGAUUGAUGAACAAUCCAAGGGAUCGUGUGGUUUGUUCUUCCAGGCCUGGCAUCACUCCACAUUUGGGUCUGGAGGAAAGAUCAGCGAGGAGCUAUGGCCAUUUGGAUGGAAGCACGACACAGCCUGAGCCUCUGCUCGUGAUGGCAAAGUGCCAGAGAUCCUUGGCCGGUGUACCGUUUUACUCGGCUAAGAAUGGGACGCUUGGUGUGUUCCCAGAUUAUCAACAACCUUUAGUGCCGCCACAUCAAUCAGAUCCCAAGCGGCAGGAAAGGUUUUCUGAUCCGCAGAAGAGGAAUGGGCUGGAACUCAUCUCGGGUUUCCAGCAGCCUGGUAGAGUCGCCCGUUUUGGGGGUGCUGGUAUCCUUGUUAGCAACGUCUCAGACCCUGUGGCUGCUGCUAUCAAGGCUCAGUAUGGUCCCGGUUCUAAGAUUAUGGGCAGUGACGCGGAUCCUUGGAAGGACAUAGGAAGCAGCUCCAUACCCUUUGGUAGCUUGACAUGUCAACAGUGGCACAAUGACAGUGCUGUAGGUUCACUAGAGAUGACUAGGUAUUUGUCAGCAGGGUUUGAUUUUGUCAGUUUUAUGCAGAAAACCUCACAGGUCUUUGUAAUAUGGUAAUGCCUAAUUCAGUAUCCUAGGUUUAUGGAUGGAGUUUUGGUUGAGAUUUCUCCUUU